AUGGAUGUUGCUGUGCUGCGCGACCGUAUUGUCGCAACGCUCGCCGCCGAUGCAGACGCUCGUCGAAGUGCAGAGCAAGACCUGAAGACUGCUGAGGAACAUCCUGGCUUCACAGAUGCCCUUCUUGAUAUUCUCCAAGCCGAGCAAGACGCUCCCAUCCGCCUGUCGACGGUUGUCUACCUGAAGAAUCGCGUUACAAGAGGAUGGGUUGUGAGCGAGGAAUAUCCGCAGAACAAAGUAAUACCAGACGAUGAGAAGCAAAGGUUCCGAGAUCGCCUACUGCCCGUCCUAGCCUCCUCACCACCCCAGAUUCGACAACAACUUGUUCCAGUCCUACAGAAGAUCCUCCACUAUGACUUCCCCGAAAAGUGGCCGAGUUUCAUUACCAUCACGCUGCAGCUCCUCAAUACGAAUGAGGCCCCAUCUAUUUUUGCAGGCCUGCAGUGUCUGCUUGCUCUUUGCCGAGUCUUUCGUUUCAAAUCUGGGGAACAUCGAGCCGACUUCGAUAAAAUCGUAGAAGCAACUUUCCCACGACUUCUAACUAUUGGUCAAGGACUUGUGAAUGAAACUAGCGAGGAGGCCGGGGAAAUGCUCCAUAUCGUGUUUAAAGCAUAUAAGCACGUAACAUUUUUUGAACUGGCUGUUUCGCUAAGAGAGCAACAAACGAUGAUAGGGUGGUGCUCGCUGUUCCUCCAAACCGUUGCUAAAGAAUUACCGGAGAGUGCCUUGCCAGAGGAUGUAGCAGAGCGAGAGGCGAAUCACUGGUGGAAAUCUAAGAAAUGGGCCUACUUCAACUUGAAUCGACUUUUUGUCCGCUACGGAAAUCCCCAGUCACUGCAAAAGGGCAAUGGAGACGACUAUGCCGAGUUCGCAAAGAGCUUUACUGAAAACUUUGCGCCUGAAAUCCUCAAAGGCUAUCUUCAACAGAUUGAGAAAUGGGUGGCCAAAACAACCUGGCUUAGCAGACCUUGCCUCUCGUACACACUUGUCUUCCUUGAUGAAUGCGUUCGACCGAAACAGAUGUGGAAUCAUCUCAAACCGCAUCUCGAUUCUCUCGUCACACAUUUCCUCUUCCCUGUGAUGUGCCUUUCCGAGGAGGAUGUUGAACAGUUCGAUACCGAUCCCGAGGAAUAUCUCCACCACAAACUUAACUACUACGAAGAAGUUUCAGCUCCCGAUGUUGCGGCAACGAAUUUCUUAGUGACCCUCACGAAAGUCCGGAGGAAGCAUACGUUUACCAUCCUGACGUUUGUAAACACCGUGGUGAACGAGUACGAGACAACCGAGAAGAAGAAUCAUAUUGCGAAGGAGGGCGCCCUCCGCAUGAUUGGAACAUUGUCCAGCGUAAUCCUUGGGAAAAAGAGCCCAAUCGCUGAGCAGGUCGAGUACUUUCUUGUGCGAUACGUCUUCCCAGACUUCCGCAGUUCUCAGGGAUUUUUACGAGCACGCGCAUGUGACACAGUUGAGAAGUUUGAGCAACUGGAUUUCAAAGACCCGAACAAUCUCCUCAUCAUCUACCGGAAUAUCCUCGAGUGCAUGGCAGACCAAGAGCUGCCUGUACGAGUCGAGGCUGCUCUGGCACUUCAACCACUGAUCAGACACGACAUCAUCAGAUCCAAUAUGCAACAAAAUAUCCCCCAGAUUAUGCAACAAUUGUUAAAACUCGCAAACGAGGUUGAUGUAGAUGCGCUAUCUAACGUUAUGGAGGACUUUGUGGAAGUGUUCGCGGCUGAGCUGACUCCGUUUGCCGUUGCGUUAAGUGAACAGUUGCGUGAUACGUACCUGCGGAUCGUCAGAGAGCUUUUGGAGAAGAACGAGAAACGGGACGAUGAUGACUUCGGAGAUUAUCUUGACGACAAGAGUAUCACAGCACUUGGUGUUCUGCAAACAAUUGGCACCCUCAUCCUUACCUUGGAGAGCACUCCUGAUGUCCUCCUCCACAUGGAAUCGAUAUUGAUGCCAGUAAUCAAGGUUACCUUGGAGAACAAGUUAUACGACUUAUACAAUGAGGUGUUCGAGAUCAUUGACAGUUGUACCUUCGCCGCCAAAUCAAUCUCCCCAACGAUGUGGCAAGCAUUCGAGCUUAUUCACGCCACGUUUAAGGCCGGUGCGGAGCUAUACCUAGAGGACAUGCUCCCAGCCCUAGACAACUUCGUUCAAUACGGCAGACAGCAUCUAAUCCAAACCCCACAGUAUCUCGAUGCUAUGUUCGGUAUGGUGCAGCAUAUGUUCGCCGAUGAGAAGGUUGGGGGAGUUGACCGCAUUUGCGCCUGUAAACUGGCUGAGGGAAUCAUGCUCAGCCUUCGCGACCACGCCGACCAAUAUGUUGUGGCAUUUGUUGAAAUGGCAAUGCGGAUUCUGACGAAUACUGAUGUCAAAGUCAAGUCCUAUAAAAUUCACCUUAUGGAGAUGGUUAUUAAUGCCAUCUACUAUAAUCCGGUGCUUGCGCUUCACGUUCUGGAAACAAAUGGAUGGACCAACAAAUUCUUCAGUCUGUGGUUCUCUAGCAUCGACAGCUUUACAAGAGUCCACGAUAAGAAGUUAUCUAUCGCUGCUAUCGUCGCUCUGCUUACGCUCAACGUCGACCAAGUUCCCCCCAGCGUUCAAACCGGGUGGCCUAGGUUGUUACAAGGGAUUGUUCGAUUAUUCCAGACAUUACCUAACGCUCAGAAAAAGCGUGAUGAAGUUCUUAAGGAGGAUUUCCCUCUUGAGGACUCAGCAUAUGAUGAUGACGACGAUGAACAAUGGGCUGGUGAUGAUAAUGCAUGGAACGACGAGGGAGAGCCUGAGGAGGAGGCCGACGCCAAGGAUGAGAGCACCGCCUAUCUGGAAUUCCUAAACGAAGAGGCACAGAAGUUUCAAAAUCUGGAGGACAAUGACUCGGAUGACGAAUUAGGCGAAGAGAGUCUCCUCGAAACUCCACUUGACAAGAUAGAACCCUACCAACUCUUCAAGAACGCCCUUCUCAAACUCCAGGGAGAACAACCUCAACUCUACGGAUCUCUUACCAGCAAUCUCAGCCCCGAAGAACAGAACAUCGUGCAAGGCGUAGUGCAACAAGCGGACGCUAUCGCCGCUGACACGUCGGCCACAGCGCAGGUCCCAGGUGUCGUCCUAAACGGGGCCGCUUGA